UGUAGAGUGAGCCGCAAAGGUAAUGAUGUAGACGAGUUUCAAUCCAACAAGUUUUGAAUACCAACGCAAAUAUUUUAAGAUACUCCCUAAUUUACAUUCACAAAGUUACUACCAAUGGACAUUAUGAAUUGUGAUUAAUGAUUUACUCAAAUAAAAUCUUAUUAAUACAACCAAUUCCAUUUAUAAACCCUUUCCACAUUCUUUCUCCACUAAAACUCCACUAUUGUAGCUCUCUUCUCCAUUUUUGGGCGGGAAACCAAGAACCUCCUUUCAACUUCAAAAAUUAUUCCCCUAAUUUCUCUCUCCUUCUUUCCUCAAUUCAUUCCUUCAAUACCCAUUUCCAUGUCCAAAACCCCCACCAGAAGAACCCUAAAAAAUGGCUCAAUUUCCUCAACAAAAUCCUCUGAAAUCACCUCCAUCAAGAGGAAACGAGUUGUCAAGCCGAAGAAUACUUCAAACAAUAAAGGGCAAAGUGAAAUUGAAGAUAUUGAGGAUUUAUUGAAGUUUAAUGAGGAAGAAAUUGCAGAAAUUAGGGUUUCUUUGUUGGAAUGGUAUGAUAAAAAUAAGAGGGAUUUGCCUUGGAGGAGAUUGAAAGAUGAUGAUGAUGGAAAAGAGAUAAAGGCAUAUGGGGUUUGGGUUUCGGAAGUGAUGCUGCAACAAACUAGGGUUGCUACUGUCAUUGAUUAUUUUAAUCGUUGGAUGUUGAAAUGGCCCACCCUUUAUCAUCUUUCUCUUGCUUCUCUUGAGGAGGUGAAUGAAAUGUGGGCAGGUUUGGGAUAUUACCGACGAGCAAGGUAUUUGUUAGAGGGGGCAAAAAAGAUUAUUGAAGAAGGUGGGAAUUUUCCCAGAACAGUCUCUUCUCUAAAGAAAGUCCCUGGCAUUGGAGAAUAUACAGCGGGUGCCAUUGCCUCUAUUGCAUUCAAUGAGGCUGUGCCUGUCGUAGAUGGAAAUGUGGUUAGGGUGCUCGCUAGACUGAAGGCUAUAUCUGCAAAUCCAAAAGACUCGGUGACUGUAAAGAAAUUUUG